AAAGUAAAAAUGUAUCAAAAGUGAGACUAAAAAGAAAAGGAGCUGUAUAUCACAUUAGAAAAUCGGAUAAACUAAGGGUAUGUAUAACAUUAUUCCAAUAAAAACUUGUAGGGUUUAAAUUGAUCCGACCGGAAAUCGGAUUAGGUUCUGUAUUCUGAUGUGCAGAGAGAGAAAGAGAGAGUCAAAAUCGAGAAAUAAGAAGAAAUUAGAUGUUUACUUUAUUACAAGAAAAAUGAUGAGUGAGGGAAGAUCACAAUGAUGAUAGGAGGAAGAUCAUCGUCGUCUUCAUCAACAGCGACAGCAGCAGGUGGAACUUGGGUUUCAACAACCUCGGUGUCGGCUUCGGGGAGGAGGAUACAAAGGGAGAUGUCUGAGCUCAACGCCGACCCUCCUCCUCAUUGCUCUGCUGCCCCCAAGGGUGACAAUCUCUUCCAUUGGGUUGCCACCAUCAUUGGUCCUCCUGGAACACCAUACCAAGGUGGCAUAUUUUUCCUUGACAUAACAUUUCCAAGUGAUUAUCCCUUUCAACCUCCCAAGGUAAUAUUCAAAACCCGCAUAUAUCACUGCAACAUUGAUGCUGCUGGCAAUCUUAGUUUGGACAUCUUAAAGGACAGCUGGAGCCCAGCCCUAACGAUCUCAAAGGUUCUAACUGCAAUCAGAUCAAUUUUCUCAAACCCUGACCCUUAUAGUCCUCUCACUUCUGGUGUUGCUCGCUUGUACUUAGCUGAUAAAGCUAAACAUGAUGAAAUAGCUUCAGAGUGGACGCUGCGGUUUGCUAAAUAAUCCUUCAAUAAUGCUUUAGAGAGCUCUAUAAGCAACAAACAAAGUUUGAACUGAACCACAUGCUGCUUUCAUCAUAAAUAUAAGGGUCACCAAUUAAACUUGAUUCGGAGGUCGUUGGUAUUCAAGGUGUUUUGAUGUUGAUAUAAAAACCAGCCAACUGCUCUGCAAGUGAACUACAAUAAUGAACUAUUUCUAGUUGUAGACCCCAAUUUGCAGCAAAAAAUGAGGCAAUGGUGGAUCAUUGAGGGGAAAUGUAGUUCAAUGGGACUUAUAUAUUAGGAUUUAUUUGUUCUUUCUAGUGGUUUAUGGAGAAUAACUAGGAUGUUUCCAUGCUUUUAGAAAAUGAUAUGGUACUUGCUAUUUUGUCAAUAAAACCGUAUGGUUGCAGUUUAGAACCAA